AUGCCCAGCAAAUUAACGAAUUGCGAAGCAUAUGAGCACCAAAUCAUCCAAGAUAUGAAAAUAGAACAUAAUAAUUCAUCCAAACAUGAUUGGUGCUCUUCAACAGAUAUGAUCGUGCCAAACGAAUCCUUUAACUGUAACAAUCCAUGGCGUGCAUACCCGGUUUGCACCACCGUAUUUAUGAGGUUCUUUUCAAUGCAAGACAGCCGAUAUUUCGCAAUUUUAGCGGUCAACCGGUCGAUACGCAAUAAUUGUUCUGAGUCCUGCUAUCUCAUGGGAUACUACCCGUCCAUUCAGCGGUACUCAUCCGAAUUGCCGUACAGGUACGCGGUAAGCACAUAG